CUGGGCCACAGCUCUGACGCCAACACUCCAGGACGAGCUUGGCCGGUAGGUAAAAGUAUGGCCGAGUCCUCGAAACAAGCCAAAGAAUCGAUCACAAGUGCCUCGAUUCGAGCUUCGCCAGCAAUGCUAUUGUGAGCACGAGUAACACGCCUUGGUCUUCGCCAUUUACUCAUCUUCCCAUCCCGUUCCCGUAUCCUGUGCAUGCACCCGUAAACCGCUGCACACCGCCAUGAAGGCGAUACUUCAUGUGUUUCCGUAUUCCGCGGAGAAGGUGGACUGAAAAUAUGAUACUCGCGCAUGAACCGGCUGCCACCAAGAAAUUUCGUCGAGUUCAGCUUGAAGGUUCGGGCGUUCUCUUCCUGAUCCUAAAGUCAUUCCCCUUCGCUCAACCUUCAGCUAUUCAUCUCCACAUUCCAAACCUUCUCGAGACCAAGCAGCACCUCAAUCGACGACAGCCAUCACAGACAAAGUCCGAGACCGAGGAGCUUUCCACAAGCUCGUUGCAGCCGAGUCGUGAAGGUCGAACGCGACCUGUAGCUUCGGAGCUGCCGCGGAGAAAGUCGAAAGAAAGCGGCUUGGCGUUACGUAACCUGAGCACCAUCAGCAACCUGUUAUACGAGGGCAAGACCUCUGUUUUUCCCUAUUAUUACUCCGACCUCUGUCCUUCCUCUCCUUCACGGGUGCGUGCUGGUGUUUUUGUAUGCUGGGUGAUUAGUCCAGUUACGGUCGACAACGGACAUCGAUUCGAGCGAGCUGUCAGGUACCCGCCUUCGUACUCCACAACACGCCGAAUGUCGCGACGAAAGUACUCUAUCCUCCAGCACCUUGAGCUCGACGACCAUGGCGCCGGGAAGCACUCCUACUUGCCGCGCGGAGUCGGAAUCACUCGUGAUCGCAGGGUUGAACUCGGUUGCGAGUCAACGUUGCAAGAGAACUGCCCUCACGGGUGAACAACAAAACUCCAAAACGCUUUAUAUACAAUCAUUAAACCCAGACAUCACCGACCACAACUACCAACCGCCAAUCCCGCUCUACUGGCUCAGCUGUCCCUUAGGGAUAGGUCGGAUCCACGACACACUCAGGUUGAUGGCGAUCAUGAUUACUCCCGAGAGCCAGAUGGACUGGCCAUAAUUGGUGCUGUUGUAUCGGAAGAUGAUGGCGAAAACGAUACCUCCGAGGUUACCGCAGGCACCGACGACG